AUGGACACCAUGUUCACCUGCACCGUGCCACUCCUCCCACCCUGAUUCCCAUUGGAUCGGAUGGAGAGAAGAGUUCCGUGACCCCAGCUCAGCCCUGCAGCAUCCCGCCUUUUCCUUGUUUGUUUUUCUCCCCUUUGGAGCUAUUCUUUACCUCCCAUAUGCUGUAAUAAUUACAAGUGAUAACUCAACAGCUGCUCUGCUAUUCCAGGCUCCGCAGAGCCACGCGCCUCCGCCUUCCCUCCCUCCCACGGUGCCGGGUCAGCGUCUUGGCUCCAGCAUUCAGGGAUUCCUGUAAUUUCUUUGACUCCAGAGAAUCUGGGCCUGAUUCCCCUCCAUCACCAUCUGUCUCCUGCCCGCCCCAGCAGUGCCAAGGGGGCUGGGACUGCAGCAUCCAUCUGUUACCAUGGAGAGGGACGGAGCAGGCAGGAUGCGGCCCUGCAGUGCCUCCAGAUGGGCACCUCUGAGUUAGAGCCCUGCAAGAGCUUCCUAGGGGACAAGGAGGUGUCCGGUGGUGGCACAACCCCUGAGCUGUCCAAAUCUUAAGCAGCAGAUGGGUGCCAUGAUUUGCACCCUCCAGCCCUUUUGCUGCCUCAGGCAUGUGUGGCAGAUGCCACCAUCACAGCUGGGCUUUCUCCACCCCUCAGAGCUGGCACUGAGGGUGAAUCCAUGCAGCAGCACCAGUGCUAAAGGGGUUGCACUGGAAAAGCUCUUUGUGUUCAGCUUAUUCAUAGCUGAGCAGAGCAGGGCUGGGAAGCAUGUGUGCUGCUUGGUGGUGAGCACCACAGCUGCAAACCAGGCUGGUGACUGUGUCUUGUGCUAACCCAGGGCUGAACCUGGGAGGCUUUGCUAAGGAGAUGGGCAGCGGUGAGCUCAGGAUCCAGAGAGCACCAGCCCCUCCUGAAGCAUCCAUAGAAGGGAUAGUGCGAUUGGGAGUCCAUUGUUGAUAGUUGGAGGGGAGAAGGUGCAGGGUCUUAUGUUAGCCUGCCCGUGGCACCUGAGGACACCCUGCACCUUCUGCACCUGAAUGCUCAGCCACAACCCUUCACCAUACGGUGUGCUUCCCCACAGCUCUGCUCACUUUCACGGGUCUCACGCUUUGCUUUGACUCUCCAUGAAGCCGGAGCUCUCCCAGCAGAGGUGUCACUGUGGCAGGGCAGACAGAGCACUUGCUGUAUUGCAAGCAGAUGGGAUGGCUCCUGGUCCCUUGCUGAGCUGAACCCCAGGUAACAUGCAGCAAAACUGCAGCACUUGUCUGCAUCUGAGCUUUGUAGCAGGCUGACUGCAGUGAGCUGCUUGUUGGUUUCCUAGUUUCAGUCUUUUUGAUCGUGUGCCACAAUUAAUCUGAUCCCUCAGAGGCGGGAUAAGUAGGAGUCAGAAAUGAAAUUAUAAUUGUCUGUGCCUUUGGCAUGAAGGGAAGGAAGAAUUCUGCAGUCUCAUCUCUAGGCUGGGAGCUCCAGGAAAAGCCUCCAUGGAUGUCACAGGGCUGGAAGAAUUAUCCUGGUGCAGCCAACAGCAGAUACAAGUCUAAGGGACAAAUGGAAACAGUGGGACCUGGGCCACAUCACAGUUCCAGCAGCCAGCCCAGCUGCUUCCUCACCCAGGUGAAGGUGGUGAAGUUUUAUGGGCCAGUAGGAGGAGGUGAGCAGAGGGGACAUGGAGAGGGGUCACCUCGGGGGUUACACCUGCAAGUAACCCUUCUGAUUUGGUCCAACAUGACAUGAUUGGCUCGUGUCACACACCGUGAUCAAAAGCACCUUUUCUAUAGGACUUCUUUGCUCAACAGCUGUUCUCUGUGCUCUAUGCAUUCAGCCAGCUCUUCCAGCAAAAGAGUCACGCCUCACCUUCAGUUCUGCUGAAUUCUGUUCUGGGUGGUUUGGCAAAUUAUUUCUCCACUUUCUCAAGGCUGUUUUGAAUGGUAACCCCUUCUCAGGUAGGAAAAGUUUAUUCUCCUUAAGAGUGGUGAUGCAUUGGCACAGGCUGCCCAGGGCGGCGAUAGUGUCAGUGCCUGGAGAUGUUCAAGAACUGUGGAGAUGUGGCACCCAGUGUCGUUAACAGUGCAGCAUCAGGUGCAAUAAAAGCAACCAUGAGCCACACCAGUGUUCUCAUUAGGAAUACAAUGCUCCCUUCCAUUUAAUUAAGGAUUAUUCUUUUUUAUGAAUUAUAAAUUAACCUGAAUUAAAGGAGCAUUUAUUCCUAAUGAGAGUGUGUAUGAGAAGAUUUCAUGUGGUUCCACUAAUUUAAUCUAAAUUUUCCCUCUUAAUUAUUUUGGAUUAAUUUUUCAAGAGCGCACACAGUGCUUUCAUUAGUGCAAACAUCAGCCAGGCGUGCAACAGGUGCUUUGAAAGGGAAAUAUUUUUAUUCUACAGGCUGCAUUCUUGAUAUAAACACAUCCUUUAGGCACCCUGUAUGCGUUACUCUCUUCCUCAUAGAAGAAUAAGCUAUGCCAAUGCAAAGGGCACUGCUUUCAUUUUCCAGGGGCGUUGUUCCACUUUAAUUACUCUGACAGAUUUGAAUCAGUGCAAUGCUGAGUGACUGCUGGCCCAUGAACUUUCUUUGAAACUCACUAAAUGUCUACAAACAGCAGCAUCCUUCAGCAAGAAGCAACCCAGGUCUGUCCUUUUGAAGCUGACCUCGCUUCUUGCACUGGAAAUCAUGGGAGCAGGCCAAUCCCCUCUAGCCUUCUCUUGGCCAUGUGUGACUUUGCAGUCAUAAGUCAUGUCUUUUCCAUGCUGACAUGUACAACUCAUACUUGUAGGGAAGCUGUUCCAGACCUUUGACAGCUCCUUGCUCCCUCUCUGUGUUGUUCUGUUAGUUUGGCUUUGAGGAUGCAGAAGGGGGGCCUUCAGGAAAAUAGGAUGCCUGCAGAGCACAUCUACCCCACAGCUCCUUUCUUUUGCUUUGAUCCUUGGCAAAAUGCACUGGCAAGAUAACACAGAAUAGCAAGCAAACAAAUCUUGCUGAGAUCAGCUCUCUCACAGCACAAUGCAUGGGAUUAAGUGAGUGAUGGGCUCAAACUUCAAACUUCUUUGAGGACAUUCAGCCUGCUAUAAUAGCGAGGAUUGACAGCACAGUUUGGGUCCUGAGAUGAACUUUGCUGCAGGUAAGGCUGUAAUGUGACUCUGCUUUGACAAGUAAUUCUAAAUUCAAAAACCAAUCAUUUUGCAACAACUUUUCCUUCCUUUUGGCCCUGCCACAAAUCUGCUCUCCCCACUCCAUUCUCAUCUUUCCUUUGGCAGCUAAACCCAUUAUCUUUAUUGUUUCUGGGCUUGGCUUCUUCCUGUUAGAUCUCCUAAUUGGAUUUUUGCUCUCCAAUCCCUUUAGUCUCUUCUGUGCUUCUAUAAAACCCUUUAACCCUUCAGCAUCCCUCUGCCUUGUUAAUCCAUUGCCCCGAAUGCUUCUGUUUCACUCCCUCUCAGCAGCAUCUCACGUUCCCCACUGUAAAUAACUGAGCUGAUGUCUGACAACCCUUCAGCAAACCCAAAGCCUAUUCUACUCCCCUCCAGGACAUGUGGGGCCACCUGUUUUCCCUCUUCUUUCCUUCUCUAAACCUGACCAAGUCUGGACCAAUAUUUCUAGCAGAAUGUACUGACUUGAGGUAUCACAGCUGAAGUCAUCCUGAAGCUGGAGGUUUUCUACCCAAAAUCAAGCCUGGUGGCAGUGGAUCAUGAUCUCUUCUCAGCAGGAUGCUGAGGCAUGAGCACAAAAGGAGAAAAAGGCAAAGAUAUGGUACUAAGGUCCCCACCAUCUGGACUUUCAACCCAGGCCCAGGUAUCUGAAGAAUAUAUAUUAUAAGAAAGAAAAGUAUGUGGAAGAAGGGAUUAUACAGACUAGGGACCUAGGGUGAGAGGUAAUGGCCUUACAUUGCACCAGGGGAGGUUCAGGUUGGAUAUUAGGAAAACUUUAUUCCCUGAAGGAGUGGUGAUGCAUUGAAACAAACUGCCCGGGGAGGUGGUGGAGUCACCUUCCCUGGAAGUGUUCAAGAAAGGGGUAGAUGUGGCACUGUAAGGUAUAUAGUCAGUGGACGUGGUGGGAGGUUGGUUGAGGGGUAGACUUGCUGAUCUUAGUGGUAUUUUCCAGCCUUAAUGGUUCUGUGAUUCUAUGAUUGUGUUGGCCAGGAGUGGAUGAUAUGGGGAGUGUACAGAGAUGGGCAUGAGUUUGUUGGAGGUGUUAAACAUGACAGCAACAAUUUCUGCCCUUGGACUCAUGGCACAUCAGGCCAGGGUGAUUUUAUUGCUUCUCCUUAGAAGCUGACUCAGAAUAAUGGAUCUCCUAGGAGGGAUUGAGCGAGUCCCUGCAUUUUGUGGAUGAUGUUACUACACAAGUUUGAAUGGAUGGAGCGGUUCUGAAUUGCUCCACAUAAACAUGCACUAAAUGAGGAAUUGAAUCAAUACAUGCUGGGCCUUUUUCCAGACCCAGAGGGAGACCAGGCCCUCCUGGAAUGGCUGAUUUAUUUCUGACUCCCUGCUUUGGUAAUGGCUGGCUGGGGACUUGGGGCUGCUCUCAAAGAAGAAACCAAUUCAAGAGAAAACACUCAACCAGACACAGCUCUAUCAGUGUGUGGGGUGUUGCAUGGCUGAGGAUGAGACAUCAGCACUGACAAAAACAGGCAGAGUAGACCUGAAAAAGCAAGAAGGGAUGAAUGCUGGCUGCUUCCCCCCAUGCUCCUGUAGUGCUGUGGUUCUGCCUCAUCACUGACCCCAGCCCUGUAAUUGGGAUGAUGCACCUAAUGGAGGCCUGAAUGAUUUCUUUCUGGAAACAAAAAACACCCUCCAGCUUUCCAUGAAUGUCAUGUCCCUUCUUCCCCUCCGCUCACUCGAUGGAGAAAUCUGUGUCCAAGAUUCGCAGUCAGGUCCUACCAGCAGCAUUUGGGGCUCCUUUAAAACUGAUGCCAGUGGAGAGCAGAGGAGCACUGGAGCAUCUGAGCAACAUCUCAUUAAUUAGCUACACUGGCACAGCUAAUUAAUGGAGUGAGAUGAGUGUUUGGAGAUGGUAUAAUGGAGGGGUGAGUCAGGCACAGCCCUACACAUCACUGAUCCCAUGGUUCCUCCCUCCACUGCACUCAGCCCAUAUCUCAGCUUCUCUCCUGGGAGUUGGAAAGUUCCCCUGGCUUCUGUGGGGAUGGACAUGUGAGCAGCACCUCAUCUUGUGGCCAUCAGGCUGAUGCCAAGAGCUCAGGACUGUUCCAUCUCUGGUUCAUGCCUUGAUCAUAGAACAUUUGAGCUGGAAGUGACCCUAAAAGGUCAUCUAGUCUAAAUCACCUGAAAUGAGCAGGGACACCCACCCUUGAUCAGGUGCUAAAAGCCACAUCCAGCCUGACCCUGGGUGUCUCCAGGAACAGGACACCUAUCAAUAAUGACACUGAUUAUUGUCACACCCUUUGUGACAAGGAUUUCUCACCCAGAGACCCCAGAUCAAUGUCACAAACAUCAAGCAGCCUCACAAAGUUAGUUCUGAUUAGUUCUGACCUUGGGCUGAAGAGAUGACCUGCAUGUGAAGGGAUGACCUGGAGGUGUAGGAUUAUCAUAGCAGCCCAUGGGCUGGACAUUAGAGAGAGGGGAAGGGCCAUGCCUGUUACACUGAUCAUUUUUCACUCUUUAAAUGGGAAUGUGUAGCACAGGUUGUCUAUUAAAAAAGGAAACAAACACCAAAGUCCUGCAUCAUGCAGUGUUCAAGUUUACGGUUCCAUAAGGCACCUUACAGCAUUACAGGCUUUUUGCCUGUAAGACUCUGCUACAAGCAGGAAUAAGCACAGCUCUCCACAUCUCCCAGCACUGCUGGUGAACCAGCAAAUGGCCUAAAGCUCUACCUCAGCAAGUCAGGACUUCACCUUUAAGCAACUUGUCCUUCCUGGUGUCAUAUGGAAUAAGCACUGCCUGCUGCUCACUAACAGCAUGGGAUUUUAUUUGACUGGGAUCAUGUUUUAUAACAGCCCUGCUCAGUUUGCAUGUUUGCAGCAAGUAAUCACUCCGGGGCUAAUAGCGAAUUCACUCCCAGAUGCUUAAUGAUGGUAUUUACUGGUGACUGCAGAAAGUAGCUGUUUUAGGUCUGCAGUGAUGAUGUGGUGAUUAGGGUGAGUUAAUUGGACACAGGACAACUGGGUAAUUGCUAGAGAUGAGGCAGUGAACUCCCAGGUAAUUGCACCUUCCCCAGAGGUGUGCUGCUAUUAGCAGUGUUACAAAGGCAAACUUGGGAGGUGAUGACAGGGGAGUCAUUGUUUCUACGUGGCAGUGCUGAAUCAGGGCCAGGAAAUUACCCCUUCUCCUUACUAAGAAAAAUAACUCUUAAUCUGUUUGUUUUCCUCUUGCUUUCUUACAGGAGAGAUGCACUUGUUGUAAGAGCUGUGUGUCUGUCAGCCCGUGCCUUCUCUUCAUAGUCUUCUUUUCCUUCUUUUCAAACUCUUAAAAAAGAUGUAUUCUGCUCCAGGACACUUACAAGCAUCCUGAGAAGAGGAAGGGGAAGCAGAGCCUGAUGUUGUGCCCUCCAGGUGGCACGACCCAAGGUCUGCUGGACACUAGUGGAAUCCAGGGGAGGUGAUUUGACAGAGCUCAUUCAGCAGAAGCUCCUGCCUUCUUCAUAGCAGUGCCCGUCCUGCGUCCUACAAGAGCAGACAUCAUUAAUGAGGAGCAGACUGUUGACUUUCGGAAGCCAAAGGGAUCCCAGCAUCAGAGCAGGAGGAGGGUUGCGUUUCAUAGACGAGUCACGGUGUAUUAAAUGUAAAUGAAUCUGCGGCUUGAUGGACAAAUCAGAUCAACGCUGAGAAACCCAGCUCACGGCAGGGGAUGGAUUUGUAAUGGGUAAUAGAGCAUCGGUGCACCAAUAGGGAUGAAUGGCCAGAGAGGGAGGCAGCCAGGGCUGUGCUGCCUGCAGCACUGCAAGAAAGAGACAUCGCGGGCUCUGAGAAGGGAGGUCAGGCUGGAUAAACAGUGGCCCUGUCCCCAUCAGAGAAUCACUGAGGCAUGAAGAAAAACUUUAACAGCUGCAAUGCUGCUUUUGAACCUCCUAGUAAAAGGGGGGUCGCAAGGUCAAAACUUUCAAUGCCUCUGGGAAGGAGGGAACGUUUCCCGGCAAGGCUUUGAAAGCCCCUCACUAAAUUAGCAUGACCACACUGCUAAAUGCUUGGGAAACCCGGACUGCUCGGGUCGCAGGCUCCCCCAGAAGCGGGGAGGCAAAGAGCUGCUGCAUUCCCAUGCUCAAUGACAUAAUUAAUGGGGCUAUUUCCUAGGCGAAGGCAGAUAUUGAGAAUCCUAUCCAGCACCUGGACGGGAAAUAAAAGCCCAUUGGACGUGCUCUGUGCAUCCUUUCUCCCCCACCUUACCUCCUGACAACACCGGCCUUUCUCCUUUCUGUUUCUACCUCCUGUUUUCGAUCUCUUCCUUUCUACUCACCAUCUUCUUGGCCUUCUUCUCUGCUGUUCCCAGUGUCAUGCAGCUCAGCUCACUGUUGCAGCAAUGAGCUCUGGUAUGUGUGCACAGGGGUAAGAGAUGCUGGCACAAGCCAGAGCACUACUCACCCUCAGCUGUACAUGGGGACCAUACCCCUCAGCUGGAUGGGAAAUCAGGAGCUGCAGCCUACCAGACUCACUUCUUUCUACGUUUAUUGCUUCUUUUAUGAGAGCACUGAUCCACAUUCUGAGCUAUUUACCUCCACUUUGAAUGCAGAUUUUACUAGUAGAUUUUCCAAGAGCUAGACAGCAGACAACGCAUGUUUCUGCUGGAUGGUGCUAGGAGGGACCCUGGGAUUUCUGGCUGUUAUCUCACCGCCUCCUUUUUCCCAGCACUGCCUCUGCACUCAGCACCCAUUCACCUGUGCUGUGGGUUUCCUGGGCGCAGCUUUUUGUGAGAACCUUUGCACAUCAUCACCUUCACCACUCCCACUGCUGCAGGUGCAGAAAGCAGAUCGGCACACACAGACACAGCAGCUGCUGUUAUUGCUUUUGGAAAAGAGCUGUACGUCUACAAGGUACAAUCCAAAUAUGUUAGAAAACCAGUGUAGCCCUGCAGCCAUCAGUGCUGCUGUCUGGAGCUGCAAUCCUGCAGGCUGCUAUUGAGCGUCCCUUUUCCUAUUGCAGUUGCAGAAGACAAGGGCUCAGCAGAUUUCCAGAAUGGCUGCAAAAGCAGAAUGAGUACUUCAUUGAAUGAAGCAGGCUGGGAGAUAUCUAACAUUAUAGAAGACUUGUUCUUAAAAGAGAAAGGCCAGAAUUCUGGAAGGAUCCAGGAGUUGUCCCGGCAUUCCUGACCCAAGCCAAGUAGGGCUAAGGUGGGAAGAGCGGGAUCUGGUUCUUGGUGCACUGCAAAGCUCUGCAGCUCCAAGCCUUAUUUCAGCUCCACUGUGAUGCUGCGGUAUCUUUACUUUUCAUUCCUCUUGUUGUCCUAGAAACAGAGCAAAAAAUUCUUCCAGGCAGGCCCUUUUGUUACACUCAAGGCAGCAUCUUGUCUCUCAGCAAAAAAAAAUAAAAAAUGCACUAUUACAUAAUAAAAUCCUUGGGAGAAAAAUAACAUCGGGUUCAAAGCAUUCUAAAGGAACAUGAAGAAACUUCACACACUCCAAACAUUGCUGAAGUCCAUCCUGUGCUCCAUAUCUGAAAGGGCUGGUGGGCAAUUCACAGGGUGAGCAACAUGGGGGAAAAUGGGAAGUGGUCGGGGGGAUUUGUGUUCAGUCCUGGCCCUGUAAAUCCUGCUUCUCAUUCAUUCUUUACUCCCUAACACAGGAAGCAGAAAAGGAAUUGUCUUUUGCACUGAGACAUCACUGGGUUUUCAGUCAGGUCUUGUGAGCUUGGAGCCUUUAAGGAUGUUCCUACCUGGGAAGAAAACCCAAAGAAGAAGAGGGACCCCGUCCUGCGAUGCCCCAGGGUGCCUGAGGCCCAGCAGCCACAGGGAUGGAGCUGAAGGUCUGGGUGGAUGGGAUCCAGAGGGUUGUCUGUGGUGUCUCGGAGCAAACCACUUGCCAGGAGGUGGUCAUCGCCCUGGCACGGGCCAUAGGUCAGACUGGACGCUAUGUCUUGGUGCAGAAGCUCCGGGAGAAGGAGAGGCAGCUCCUCCCACUUGAGUGCCCCUUGGAGUCGCUGGCCAAGUGCGGGCAGUAUGCCAAUGAUGUGCAGUUCAUCCUGAGGCGGACAGGCCCCAGUGUAGCUGAGCGACCAUCUUCAGAGGGUGCUCCCCAGGCUCCUGAGAGGACGUUCAUCCGGGCCAGCCUGCCCAUCAAGCCCCGGGCACUGAGCACAGACAUACCUCGGCCCCGGGAGCCAAGGAAAUCAAUGACCUUCAACUUGGGCCCUAUGGGCUCUGUUGACCCAUAUGCAAAGAGCCGCUGGAGGCAGCAUGCCUGGGAGGGGAUGGACUUGAAGGACGGUGGGCCCAACCAGCCCUCCAAGGAGGAGCUGUUUAAGACAGUGCUGCGGCAGCAAGAGCAGCUGCACUCCUUGGAGGCCCAUGGGGACACACUGGAGACAGACCUGCGGCUCUGGGAGCAUGGCUGGGCCUCCAGCCAGGAGGAUGAGAUCCUCUAUUUGGAGCACCUAGUGCGAAGGAAUGAUACGGAGCUGGGCGAGGAGGAGUUUUGGCAGAGCGAGCUGCGGCUGGAGAAGGAGUGUGAACGGGAGAGGCAGGAGCGGGUGAGGAGCCUGCGGGCCAGCCUGGAGGAGUACACACAUAGGAUCUAUGAGCUAAGUGCCCGCACUGAGGCCCUGCAGAAAGAGAUCCAAUGGGAAAUGGCCGAGAGGGCCAAGAGGGGCAAGGAGAUCCCUGUGCCAAGCCCCACGGACCUGGAGGAUAUGGCUGCCAAAAUGAAAAGGGAUCUGGAGGCCAAGGUCAAGCAGGGCACGCAGCUGGAGAGCAACCUGGCCAGCGUGGAGAAGGCCCUGGAAGAAGCUGAAAGGAGCCUGCAGGCCCAGAACCAAGAGCUGGAGGAGUUAAAUAAGGAGCUGAGGCAGUGUAAUUUGCAGCAGUUUAUUCAGCAGACGGGAGCCACGGUGACUGUCGGGCAGGCCAGGUCUGAGGAGGACGCCCAGCCGGAGCUGAGCCCAUGCGAGCUGCCAGCCUGCCGGCGAAACGGAGGGUUUCCUCCCACCGGUGCCGAUUCGCCACCCAGUACCAGCACCAAGCAGCUCCUCAGCCAUCCCCGGACCCUGCCAGAGCCCCUGGUGCCCAGCCUGAACACCGAGGUGCUUUACAAACAGUGGAUGAAGCUCAUCUCCACUGAGAAGGCAGCCGUCUCGGGGAUGAAACAUGGCAGCUUUUUAAUAAUGCACAGCAGCAGCACGGAGCAUUUUAGGACAGGAAGAGAAGGAGAUGGCACUUGGCUGCAGAUAUGAGCAGCAUCUCCCUGAGGAAAGCCAGGAGCUGAGCAAAGACUGCUGCUCUCUGGACCCUUUGGAUGUGCUCGCUCACAGCCCAUUUUGGAGGUGCACGGCCUGUUUUGGAGGUGCCCAGUAUGUCCGUACCACUGCAGUCAGUGUAAGACAGCAGUUGCUGGUGUCCUGUGGGAUUUUCCCUGUCCCAUGGCGAGGGGCACUUGUGGGCAAAUGAAAUAUUAACGCUGGAGAGAAAGCUGUCAAGGGCAAUGCAGCAAGUGCCUGCUGCUGUCCAGCACUUUGGUUGAGUGAUACUUAAGGAUUAAGAGUUUGCUUCAUUUGGAGACUGCUAGGAGCCGAGUCUCUGGUUACUACUGAAGAACAGCAGGGAGAUGCGAUUUCAGACUUGUCUUCUUGGAACCAAGAUUUUCUUCUCUCUUCUUCUAUUUUUUUUCCUUCUUCUUCUUUUUUUUUUUUUUUUUUUUUUUUUUUUUUUUUUUUUUUUUUUUUUUUUUUUUUUUUCCACGAAUCACUGGAGUUGGAAAUGUGUGUUGGGAAAAAAUGUAUUUAACAAUACGUUUGCUUCGUGCAACUGCAUGAAGAAGUUUGUUCCCUGUGGUGUGAGAGCAGUGAUUGCUCGCUUCUUGAACUUUUUGCUCUUGUUUUCUGGACUCUUGCUUUUAAAAUGAGACUCCAAGAGGAGAAUCAGGGUGUGCUGGAGGUUGUAAAGAGCAUUUCAGUACCACCUGGGGUAAAACUCGAAACCCUCAAUUCAGAAAGACUGCUUGCUUUUGGCAUAGCCAAGGGACUGUUCUCCCCACUGGGCAGCCAAUGCUCAGGUCAUUGGCUUCAUGCUCUCCCUGAACUAUCCUUGAGAUUUUGAGCUGUAAGCUGGUCCUCAACGCACCCUGAAGCACUGUUAUCUGUGAUUUUAACAAGUGGCGUCUUUCAUUUUUGGGCCCCAUUUGUGGUUUUGCUUUGUGCCAAAUAAAGAAAAAAGGUUCAGCGCUGAGGGCACUUCCCACAGCAAUGCGGGGCAAAGAAAAAGCCGCAGAACAAUAAUUCAAUGGUACUGGAAUCUCUCAUUUUUGUCCUGUUACCACUUAGCUGUGUUGGGGUUGGUGGUCUCUUAUAUUUCUAGAAAUGACUUUUCGUGGUUUUUGGGUAUCCCUGGGGAGAGCAUUGUGCCCGUGUGCUAAGUCUUGCGUGCUAACACCCGUGUUUCAGCCACCACUGAACACACGUUUCUGCAGCUCCUAGAAAUGUGCCAUGUUGCAGAUUUCUUCCUGUUUUUCCCACAACCUAUCACCCAACAGCCACAGAACAGCGGGAUCUCACAAGGUAACAAAUGGCUGAUGGACAAGUUCCGCCCUGGACCCCCCACCUCCUGUCCCUGUUGUGUGGCUCAGCAGCGUGACCUAAAUUCAUCCUGGCACGAGGGGCCCCACAUGGCAGGGAUGUGGUGAUAUGCUGUGGCAUCUUCUUGGUCCUUGGUCUGGCUGUGGUUUGUCCCACACUGCUGCCACUGGCCUCCACUUAAGGCUGCACGUGUUAUUUAACCGAUGCCCGCUGCAGUGCUCUGCCUUUCCGCUUUUAUCUGUUCUAAAGGCUGUGUCAAUAAUACAUUUCUGCCAUUGAAUAUUUUAUUGAUGAUUUGACUUUUCACUGCUUGCAAUUCCCAUUUCAAGGCUGCAUGAUUGUUCCUAAUUAAAAUUUUAUGCCCUGGGAGAA